UUGAAGAUUGAAUUUUCUUUUCAGCAACUGGACGAUAGUGAAAGGAAAGAUGGAGUUUGUGCAGGAUGUAGCUCACGAUAUGCGAGCCUCCCUUCUGAAUCAAAGCGAUGGAUUCUUCGUAGAACCUUGUUUUCUUCAUUUGUUCUCUGCUUCCUGCCACAUUUUGUUUUUGGUUGCCUUGUCUUUGCUCUGGUUAUGUAGGCGGUCUAGUGGUGGAGGUUUGAGUAUAGAUAGGUCAAAAGGAGAUAGAUUUUUGUAUUACAAAGUCACGGUCUCAACUUGCUUGAUGCUAUGCUUGUUUUAUAUCCUCCUGUGCAUCUAUGAUGUCUUCUGGAAUGGUGAUGGCAAAGGGGCCUUUGUUAAAGAACAUGCCACCCAAUUGGAUUUGGGCGUUAGAGCAAUCACAUGGCUUGCCAUUGCGGCUUACUUGCACUUCUCUUUCCUUCCAUGUGGCGAGAAUAAGUUCCCUGCUGUUCUUAAGAUAUGGUGGGGUGUCUACUUGCUCAUUUCCUUCGCAUCCAUUGCCUUGGAUUUUUUCUAUUAUGGCAAGCUUGGGAUCAUGGGAACCCAUAUGUGGUUAUUGGAUUUUGGGUCUCUUAUAUCUGCUCUCAUUCUUAAUUAUACUGGGUUGUUUGGAAAGAGGGUUGAAGAUGGGAGUAAUCAUCUCCAAGAAUCUCUCCUGAAUGGUGGGGUAAUUAGUCCUAAUGGUGAAUCAAGUGAGAGUGAUGGUGGUAUUGGUAAUGUCUCUUUGUACACAAAUGCUAGUUUUCUUAGCAUCCUCACCUUCUCUUGGAUGAAUCCAUUAUUUGCUGUUGGUAAUAAGAAGACUUUAGGCCUUAAAGAUGUACCACAGCUGGACCACAGAGAUAGUGUUGAUGUUGAUGGAUUUCUACCUAUUUUUAAAGGCAAACUUGAAGCUUGCAAAGCAACUAGUGGUGAUGACAAUAACAGUGGGACUGCUCAUCUAACUUCUUUCAAUUUAGCAAAGUCGUUAAUCUUAUCUUCUUGGAGACUUGUCUUACUUACAUCCAUAUAUGCGCUUCUUUAUACAGUUGCUUCCUAUGUUGGUCCCUAUCUUAUUGAUUACUUUGUUCAGUUUCUUAACGGUUACCAGGCAUUUGCUAAUGAAGGUUAUGUUUUAGUAAUGACAUUCAUAAUCGCAAAAAUAUUUGAAUGCCUUACAGAGAGGCAUUGGUACUUUAGAUUACAACAAAUUGGCAUGAGAGUCAGGUCUUUUCUGGUAUCAAUUAUCUAUCGAAAGGGUCUUAACCUGUCAAGCAAUGCAAGGCAAGGUCGUACCAGUGGGGAGAUCAUCAAUAUCAUGAGCGUUGAUGCUGAUAGAGUUGCAAUGAUUGCUUGGUACUUACAUGAUCUGUGGAUGAUCCCAGUUCAAGUAGCUUUGGCUCUGUUUGUCUUGUAUGCUAGGCUGGGCCUUGCUUCACUAGCUUUAGCUGCAUUAGCUGCUACUUUUGUUGUUAUGUUAGCAAAUUUUCCCUUGGGUAAAAUGCAAGAAAAGUACCAAGAAAAGGUGAUGGAAGCAAAAGAUGUAAGAAUGAAAUCCACUUCAGAAAUCUUAAGAAAUAUGAGGAUUCUCAAGCUUCAAGGCUGGGAGAUGAAGUUCUUGGCAAAGAUAGCUGAAUUGAGAAAAAAUGAGACAAAUUGGUUGAAGAAAUAUGUUUACACAUCUGCAAUGACUACUUUUGUGUUUUGGGGUACACCUUCUUUUGUAGCUGUGGUCACUUUUGGAGCUUGUGUGCUUAUGGGGAUACCUUUAGAGUCAGGAAAGGUUCUAUCAGCACUUGCAACAUUUAGAGUGUUGCAGGAACCAAUUUACAAUCUUCCUGAUACCAUCUCUAUGGUUGUUCAAACUAAAGUUUCAUUAGAUAGGAUAACAUCAUUUCUUCAUCUUGAGGACUUACAAAAGAAUAUUGUUGAAAGGCUUCCUAGAGAAAUUUCUAAUGUUGCAAUCGAAGUGAGCAACGGAAUGUUCUCAUGGGACCUUUCAUCUGAGUCUCCCACCCUAAAAGAUUUAAAUUUUAAAAUACUUGAUGGUAUGAGAGUAGCAGUUUGUGGAACUGUUGGCUCUGGGAAGUCCAGUUUGCUUGCUUGUAUCUUAGGUGAAGUUCCUAAAAUAGCUGGAACAGUGAAAUUGUGUGGGUCGACAGCUUAUGUCGCACAAUCACCAUGGAUACAGAGUGGAAAGAUUCAAGACAAUAUACUUUUUGGUAAGGAGAUGGACUCAGAAAAGUAUAACAAUGUUCUGGAAGCGUGCUCAUUGAAGAAGGAUUUAGAGAUUCUUCCUUUUGGUGACCAAACAAUUAUUGGGGAAAGAGGCAUCAAUCUGAGUGGGGGACAGAAGCAAAGAGUUCAAAUUGCACGAGCCUUAUACCAAGAUGCUGAUAUCUUUUUGUUUGAUGAUCCAUUUAGUGCUGUUGAUGCCCAUACUGGCUCUCAUCUUUUUAAGGAAUGCUUGCUUGGGGUUUUGGCUUCUAAAACCAUAGUCUAUGUCACCCACCAAGUUGAAUUUUUGCCUACUGCUGAUCUUAUAUUGGUAAUGAAAGAUGGAAUGAUAACGGAAAUGGGUAAAUACAAUGACAUUAUCACUUCUGGAAGGAACUUAAUGGAAUUAGUAGGCGCUCAUAAAGAAGCUCUAUCUGUUCUUGUCAAUAUGGAACUUGCUAAAGAUAAUUCCAGCAAUAUUGAAGAUGACAGUUCAGCUAAUAGUAAAAGUAGCGAGCAGACUCUUGAUGAAGCUAAGAAAGAUGCACCUAACUCUAAAGCUGAUGAAACAGAGAUUCAAAAAGGCCAGCUUGUGCAAGAAGAAGAAAGGGAGAAAGGAAGAGUUGGGUUUUGGGUUUACUGGAAGUAUAUCACAAAAGCAUAUAAAGGUGCUUUAGUGCCACUGAUACUUUGUGCCCAGAUGCUCUUUCAAGUUCUACAGAUAGCUAGUAAUUACUGGAUGGCUUGGGCUGCUCCGCCAUCCAGAGAUGUGGAAGCUCCAGUUACUGUGCUUACUCUUAUCUAUAUCUAUAUUGCAUUAGCCAUUGGGAGUUCUAUCUGCAUUCUUAUCAGAGCUUUGCUACUUGCUACGGCUGGACUCAAAACUGCUACAAUACUGUUCAAUGAGAUGCAUUUCAGCAUUUUUCGUGCUCCAAUGUCCUUCUUUGAUUCCACUCCCAGUGGUCGUAUUUUAAACAGGGCUUCAAGCGAUCAGAGUGAUGUAGAUACAAGCAUACCAAACCAAAUUGCCGGAUUUGCAUUCGCAAUCAUACAAUUUAUUGGAAUUAUUCUAGUCAUGUCACAAGUUGCGUGGCAGGUUUUCAUCAUCUUUAUUCCAGUGGUUGGAUUAAGCUUCUGGUAUCAGCAAUAUUACAUUGAUACAGCACGAGAACUGGCAAGGUUGGUGGGAGGUUGGUGGGGCUAUUUACUAUUUAAAGCUCCAAUUAUACAGCAUUUUUCAGAAUCAUUAUCCGGAUCAACAACCAUUAGAAGUUUCGGUGAAGAAUCGAGAUUUAUAAACACUAAUUCACAGCGUUUGGAUGAGUGCAAUCGGUCACGGUUUCAUAUAAACAGUGCUAUGCAGUGGCUUUCCUUUCAUUUGGAGUUGUUGUCAACCAUUGUUUUUGCAUUUUGUUUGGUAUUCUUGAUUUGCUUGCCAAAAGGGGUAAUUGAUCCCGGACUUGCUGGCCUUGCCGUGACAUAUGGUCUUACCCUGAAUACGCUGCAGGCAUGGGUCAUAUGGACCCUAUGUAGCCUUGAAAACAAAAUAAUUGCAGUGGAGAGGAUAUUUCAGUAUACAAACAUUUCUAGUGAGCCUCCUCUUGUUAUAGAAACUAACAGGCCUGAUGGUAACUGGCCAUCAAAAGGAGAUUUGGAACUUCAUGACCUGCAGGUCCGCUAUGCACCGCAUCUGCCAUUCGUUUUAAAAGGCCUCACAUGCAAUUUCCCUGGAGGCUUGAAAACCGGCAUUGUUGGGAGAACUGGUAGUGGCAAAUCUACCUUAAUUCAAACACUCUUCCGCAUCAUAGAUCCUACGGUUGGUGAAAUUAUCAUUGAUGGCAUCAACAUCUCAACCAUUGGACUUCAUGAUUUGAGAUCCAAGUUGAGCAUUAUUCCACAAGAUCCUACAAUGUUUGAGGGAACCGUGCGUAGCAAUCUUGAUCCACUUGAAGAGCACACAGAUGAGCAAAUCUGGGAGGCAUUGGAUUGUUGCCAACUUGGUGAUGAAGUUCGUAAGAAAGAAAAUAAAUUAGAUUCAAUAGUGACUGAAAAUGGUGAAAAUUGGAGUGUGGGUCAACGUCAAUUGGUUUGUCUUGGAAGAGUAAUUCUCAAAAGAAGCAAGGUAUUGGUACUCGAUGAAGCAACAGCUUCAGUUGACACUGCAACUGAUAAUCUAAUUCAGAAAACAUUGAGGCAACAAUUUUCUGAUUCAACUGUCAUCACAGUAGCACAUAGGAUAACAUCAGUCCUUGAUAGUGACAUUGUUCUUCUUCUUGAUGAUGGUUUAAUCAUUGAACAUGACUCACCGACUAGACUGCUAGAGAAUAAGUCAUCUAUGUUUGCAAAGCUUGUAGCCGAAUAUUCUGUAAGAUCAAACUCUAGUUUUGAUGAGUUGGAUAAUUCCUGAAUGAUAUGCUAAAUAUGCAAGGGAUUGAUUGGGCACUUGGAUGAUGAUGAUAGUUAUCAUGUUAGUUUAUGGACAAAUUGAAGAUUUUUUU